CACGCGCCGAGGCGGCGCACGCGCGCCGGCCGGAGCCGUUGAGUGCGGGGUGGCUGCGGGAGGCGGGAGCGGCCCCGUGGGAUGCGGACGCUGAGGCGGCUGCAUGAGGCAGCCGUGGGACUGCUGCUGUGGCGGGGGGGGUCGUCAUCGUCGUCCCGUCCCGCCGCCUCGGAGGUGCUGAGCCAGCACCUAAGGCAGCGCGGCCUGCCCCACUGGACCUCGUACUGCGUCAAGUACAGCGCCGUGCGCAACGACCAGUUCGGCCUCUCCCACUUCAACUGGCGGGUGAACGGCGCCAACUACCACAUCCUGCGCACCGGCUGCUUCCCCUUCAUCAAGUACCACUGUUCCCGCGCCGCCCCGCAGGACCUGGCGCUGCAGAACGCCGCCUUCACCGCCCUCAAGGUCCUUAACGCCGGCAUCCCAACUUUACUAUAUGGAAUUGGCUCCUGGUUCUUUGUCAGUGUCACAGAGACUGUUCAUACGAGUCAUGGCCCAGUUACUGUUUAUUUUCUAAAUAAAGAAGAUGAAGGCGCAAUGUACUGAAAUCAUGCCCUCAAGUACCUGUCAUUUGUGCCUUCUUUUACUUAACAUGCUGUCUUCAGGAAGCUUGAUGGACUUUUUGGUCAUAAGAGAUUUAUUUUUGCAGAGGUCAGUAAAGUUGAAAAAGUAGAAGCCUUAGGAGAAGAAUUAAUAUUUCCAAGGGUAUUAGAAUUUAUGGAAGUCAGUGAUUAGUACUGCUGAACAAACUUGUGAUAAUUUAAAGAGAUACAUCUGCCAACUUAGAUAACUGAAUUGUAGCAUGUGGGCAAGGAAACUGUGAACACACUAGACAUUUUCAGAAUGUCUCUGAAAAGAUUAAGCUGCUUAGGUUUAAACUCUGACUAGAUGUUUCAUAAUGCAUUAAUUGUCAUAGCUGUAAGCAUGUUUGAAUGAAUCCAUGGCACUGACUAUUCACAAUUACCUGGAAGACUCUUUGGAAAAUUAGCACCCUAAGAAGUUAAAAAUGGCUGUAUCAUAUUUCUUCAAAUGAUAUUUAAAUAAAAUAUCUAAAAUAUG